CGCCCGCCCCCUCCUCCUCCUUCAUUCCUCAGUGGACCAAACAAGACACGCAGUAAAAAGAGUUCUCCAAUUCCUCGUAAAUCAGAUGUAAUUUUUUUUUCUUUGAAACAUCAUAGCGGAUUCCAGUUUUUUCUGCCGGGGACUUGCUGCUGAAGGAAAACUUUUUAAAGUAAAGGAGGUACACCUAAGUUGGGUGGAGGUAACAUUUGCGUCAUCAAACGUGCUACAAUGGAUCUUUUGCUGAUUGUGGCAUUUGUCUCCUGGUUGACUUCUGCUCUCGCCGCAGACAGCGAAAAAGCAGACUACGACAGCGCUUUUGAAUAUGACUAUGAAACGCUGAGGAUCGGUGGCCUGGUUUUUGCUGUCGUGCUGUUCCUCCUAGGCAUCGCCCUCAUCGUCAGUAGAAAAUGUGUGUGUAAAAAGAGUGACAAGUCAAGGUCACGAAAUCCAGAUAUGGAAUCAGGUGUUCCAAGAGCAUAAUCCCAAAGACAAAGAUCAGCUGUUACCAAGCAUUACUCCUUGAUGCCAGCAGAUGUUCUUUUCUUAUCGGCUGAAGACAAUCUUUUCAAUAAUAAAGAAUUCAACUUUAAAACUUG